AUUCAUGGCUGAAUCGAGUAAACCCGUAGGAAUCAUGCCAAACCAUUUGGAUAUACGCGAGAUCACUUUCACCAACUUGCUGCUGUUGGAUUUCAACCCUGAAGAAAUGGAGUCCAAAUACAGAGUGGUGUUUAAUCGUGAUAUGUUUGUAUUACCCAACAAGAAGGCCAUGGAGGUGGUUAUGCAUUUUCUUUUUACAAGACUUUAUCCACAGUUGGCAUACGAAGAAUUCAGGGAUUGUUGGCCAGUCCGUGACAAGAUCCUUGAACAGCAAUUUAGGAAAGUUUGUUUUAACUGGGUAUCUAGAAUACAGAAGGAAGAUCCAGAAGCAAGAUUACCAAGGAUAGUCCAAUCACUUUUCCAUUCUCCUGGAGGAGAUCGUUUCUACUCAUUCCUUCAUCAUUUUUCUCUGUAUGUUUUGACAAAAGUUAUGCAGCGUGCUCAUGGUAAAAUUAUCAGCAUUCCUACUUUUCCAACAAAGACUGUUCAUAACCAUUCUUUUACCCAUGUGAUGUCUAAAUCACUGGAGGCCCACUUCAUUGUUUUAAAGAAAAGAUUCAUAGAGUUUGCACAACAUGCAGUAGAAGUAGAAAAUCACUGGAAAGAAUUUGCCAUGGAGUCAACCAAAGAAUUCAGAAUUUUGGUUAAAAAGAAGCGUGAUCUUGAACGGCAUAUCUUGGAACUGGAUGGGGUUAUUGGAACAAGAGGGAAAAGUGUUGGUAUAAGGACUGAUUACCGGGAAGAUGUUGAAGCACUCAAAAGGACUCAAUAUUUACAAAAGUUGAUCCCUUUUGAUUGUAUGCUCACAAACAUGACGGGAAAAUUAAACCUUGAAAUAAUUAUGGAGAAUUGCACAGUCAUGUAUCCUGUCAUGAGCCUGCUUCAAGGUGAAGAACCACCUGAAGUUUUAGACAACUAG